AGAGAGGGGGGGGGGGUUACCAAGGGAGGCAAGUCAGGUGUGCCUAAAGACACGCGUUUAUUUCCGACUGCGGACUUCUUGGUUUUCAUUCAUCAUCAUGUCUAAAUUGAUCAGUCAGGAGACUUUUGAUGAUGCUGUUGUUGAAAAUAUUGAAGAAUUUGAAAUGAGCCCCGAAGAAGCUCUGGAUGAUGCCCUCAGCCAGUUCAAAACUCAGGAUGUAGAUUUGAGUUUAAUUGUGAAAGACUCCCAAGUUUAUUCCUCAGAGAACAACGGUCCUGUAGUCCAUACCUCUGUAAAAAUAACAAACCAGUUAAAACAGUUCCUGACUGAUGAUAACAUCAAUGAAGUAGAAUUAGAGAAACUGAUCAUGGAUUUUGUCGAAGAAUGUGCAGAUUUUGCCAAAAGUUCACUUGCCGGUACCAAUGAUGCUUACACUACUUUAUAUAAAUUCUUGCAAAAGCUACAAGAUUCCCAGAACAACAAGUUAUUACAGAGGUUUAUUAAUGCUGUUUAUGUACUUUUGGUGGGGCAAUCUAAAUUAAUGAAACCAACAGAUACGAAAUAUUUCUUGGAAUUACUUGACCUAUAUCGUGCUGACAUUGAUAUUUUGCUACAGACUGUCAAAGUAAUUAGUACUUCUUGUAUUACUAACGAAGCCAACAAGAAAAGUUAUAUCGAUGGUCAAAUUGUUAGUAAGGCAAUGGACUUACUUAGAACUUACAAAGAUGAAAAGGAACUUGUGAAAGCAAUCUGCUCUUUAUUCUGUGUGUUAACAGCUGAUGAUGAUUCAUCUGUCCCCUUUGGAAAUGCUCACGAAACCUGUAGGUUGAUAGCAACUGAAGAUUCUGGUCUUCUUUUGAUUUUGGAGCUGUGCAAACAUUAUAGUAAAGAUACUACUAUUCUUAAAGAACUCUUCACAACACUUCCUCUGUUGUUAGUAAGAAAUGAAUUCUGUCAGCAAGUGUACGAUUUUGGUGGUAUUUCAUUCAUGGCAACUAUAUUCCUGGACAAUUUGGAAAAUGCUCCAAUCUGCUCGAAAACAAUGACUGUAUUCCAGUGUUUGGCUCGAAAUGAUGUGGUCAAAGAUGCCAUUGUGACAUCUGGAGUGGUGGACAUAAUCUUAAUGGCCCUCUCGAAACAUGUGUCGAAGCCACCUGUGUGUGAGGCUGGCUGUGCACUGAUUGGCGCCCUGGCAUUACGGUCCCCAUCUAAUGCUAAACUCAUUAUGACAACAACUUUCCCUCAGUUAUUGGUUCAAGUGAUGAAAUCACACCCAGAUUCUGCACGUGUUCAGAAAUCAGCUUGUAUUGCUGUACGCAAUGUAGUUUAUCAUAACUCGGAGUACUCCGGCACUUUCCGGGACCUUGAAAUCGCAGAUUUGGUUAAUGCAGUACUUGCUAAACACAGUACAGCCUAUGAUGAAGCCAAAGCAGCACUCAGAGAUUUGGGCUGUAAAGUUGAGCUGAAAGAGCUGUGGAAAGGGGAAAAGGGCAGUAUACCUCAGUAGGAUAACUGGGGGCAGGGCUCACCUGCAAACCUGGAAUAUAAAGUUGGAGUAGAAACAGCUUAGGUUGUCAACUUCAAAGAGUUUCUCUCUAUGCAAAAGGCAGACUGUUUUCAAUGUGUGUAAGGAGUGUGGUCUAUAUGGUAGAGAGUAUGUGUGAUGAAUGUUGAAGAUGUUGAGGCUGGAGAAUAAUUAGGUAAGUCGUUGGGACUUAUCGUGCUAAACCUUCAUAAGGGGCAAAGCACAGGUGAGCUGGGAACACAGGUGGGUGUCAGGAGAUUACCAUGUUAUGGACAUGUGAUAAAAAUAGAUAGUGAUGUGUACUGAUGAUAACUGAAGGGAACUUGUGGCAGAGGGGAAACUUGGAAGAGAGUAGUAAGGUCAGAUCUCAGAAUGUUGUGCUUCAUAAAGGAAAUGACCACAAGAUCAAAUGAAAUUAUGGUAUGCAGUAUUGAAGACUGGUCUGACUUCUGUCAGAAUGGAAAACCUGGUAUUAAAAAGACUGAAUAUUAUGUCAAAAUGUAUUGAACCACUACAUUAUGUGUGUGUACAUUUGUGAGCACAUAGGUGCAAAACAAGGUGGAGAAAAUAGUACUUGAAUAUCAGAGGUAGAGUGAAGCAGUAUUUUAUUGCAGCUGAAAAGCCUUUACUCUUUAACUUGUUUCAGUCAUUUGACUGUGGCCAUACUGGAGCACCACCUUUAGUUGAGCAAAUCGAUCCCAGGACUUAUUCUUUGUAAGCCUAGUACUUAUUCUAUUGGUCUCUUUUG